GAAGGCGGGCGCCGGGGGAGGGCGCGUCUGCGCGCUGGGGCCCCCUUUCCCAAAGGCUGACAGAGGCCCCUUCCCAGACCUCCGCCCAGGCCCUUCCUGGCCCGGGAGCUGUAGUUGAGGGGGUGGGGUGGGGACGACGUGGAUCCUGCGGCGACCCUGCUCUUCCUGUCCUCCCUUGCCCAGCGACGCGGUCUCCCCGGUGACGCCUGCUGCCAGCUCUUUUCUCCCCUGGGCUGGAGCUUGUAUUGGCGAAGGGAACGAGGAAGUCUUGGUCUUGCAAAGUGGAGACUUAAAUCCAAAGUCAUGGCAAACCACCUGAAGUUCAUUGCUAGGACUGUGAUGGUACAAGAAGGGAAUGUGGAAGGCGCCUACAGGACCCUAAACAGAAUCCUCACCAUGGAUGGGCUCAUCGAGGACAUUAAGCGACGGCGGUACUAUGAGAAGCCUUGCCGCCGCCGGCAGCGAGAAAGCUAUGAAACCUGCCGGCGGAUCUACAACAUGGAGAUGGCGCGCAAGAUCAACUUCCUGAUGCGAAAGAAUCGGCCGGAUCCGUGGCAGGGCUGCUGAGGCCUGUGGAUAGGAGGCCCAAUUCUCCAGUUCAUGUCUCCACUUUUCCUUCUCCAUCUCAGCUUUGUUUCCUUUCUGUACAAUAAACUCAGUCAUGUAUGCAAGAAGGGUGUCCCAUAAAGAAGCAGUCCCACUAGUUAGCAGUGGAUGCUCUUAUUGAGUGAACUAGAGACUGAGUCCAAAUGUAGAGUAGAGAUAGGAUGGCU